AGACAUGAUUUAAAUCAUAUUCAGGUCCCUCUUUCCUCCUCCUCCCCUCAACCCUUAAUAUGAAGCAGAUGAAAACAAAUUUGAAAGCAAACGAAAUAAAUAACGGCUCUGUGCCAGAAUUCAUUCAAAAGUUAUUUAGAAUGUUAGAAAAUCAAGGAUUUCGAGACACUUUUUGUUGGAGUGACGAUGGCAAAACGUUUAUUGUCAAAGACACAAACGAUUUCUCGAAAAAUAUUUUACCGAAGCACUUUAAGCACAGUAACUUUGCUAGUUUUGUUCGACAACUUAAUAAGUAUGACUUUCAUAAAGUGCGUAAUGGUGAAGAUGGACAUAAACCAUAUGGUGAUCAAGCAUGGGAGUUUAAACAUCCUAAAUUUAUAAGAGACCAUAAAGAUUUACUGGUUGAUAUCAAAAGGAAGGCACCAGGCAGCAAACAAAAGAAAGAACAGCCAGUUUUCUCACCAGACGUCAUCACACAAGAACAAGCAAUGAACGGAAACUCUUUACAGGAAAUCCGAGAUAUUAGUCAGAACCUGCAGUCUCAAAUCAACCAACUCAAGAAAUCAAAAGACAAUAUGGAAGCUAGUAUCUCAAAGUUGCUCGAAACAGAUAACCAGAUCAUCAGCCAGUUGCUUGAUUUCAACAAAAACAUGACUGAAAAAGAUACUGUGAUUAAAAACUUUUUAGAGAAAACGAUGGAAGAAAAGCCAUCACAGCAAGCGCAGAAAUUACUUGAAGCUUAUAAUCAGGUGUCACAAAACACAGCAGACCAGUUUGAUAAGCUGAAACAACAUCUUGGCUUCCCUUCUAUCAAACAAGAAGCACCUGUCCAUAAGGCUAUUCAACAGCUAGUAGGCAAACAUAGUGAUCUUGAGACUGCUUCUGCUGCUGCUGCUGCUGCCUCUAUGAAUGCCGGUAGUCUGAUUGGGUCUCCUUUGAAAACGGCUGAUGGCUUGACUUUUGUUACACUAGGAAGGCUGUCUUCCAAUAUGUCUGUGAGGGAUAAUAAGCCUGCGAUUGAAAUUAUGGCUGCAGAUCAAGGUGGUGCUUCAUUGGCUACACUCCAAAGACCAACCAAGCGCAAAUCACCUUCGCCCUCCUCCUCCUCCUCUUCUUCUGCCUCAUCGUCUUCUCAGGUCAGCUGGACUGUACCCCCUCGCAUUCUGUUAGUAGACGAUGAUUCUGUCUAUAGAAAUCUCAGCGGGAAACUACUGAGUGUGAUUGGUUGUUCAAUUGAUCUUGCUAAAGACGGUGUUGAAGCAUUAAAGAAGAUGGGACUAGAGAAAUACGAUUUAAUUUUAAUGGAUAUUAUGAUGCCCAAAAUGGAUGGAAUUUCUGCUACAAGAAGUAUUCGUCAAUAUGAUGCAUUGACACCUAUUAUUUCAAUGACAUCUAAUUUUACAGACAAUGAUAUUAUGCAAUACAUUGGAAGUGGUAUGACAGAUAUUCUGCCAAAGCCUUUUUCAAAGCGUACUUUGUAUCAAAUGUUGGAAAAAUAUUGUGCUCAUUUAAAAGCAAUUCAACGCGUACAAGGAUUAGAUUCAGAAUCAUCUAUACCACCACAGCCAACACCCAAUGUGUUUGGACUAUUACCCUUGCUCAACAACAACAACAACAACAAUAAUAAUAAUAAUAAUAAUAAUGACAUUUUGAGCAAGUCUACACUAGCAGAAUCCUCUUCUUCAUCUCAACCACCACCACCACCACCUUAUUCAUCCUCAUCAUCAUCCACCACCACCACUACCAAUAAUGCAUUCCCAUUAGCUCCUUAUCCUUAUCCUGUGACUAUGAAUUCACUUCCAACAGACAUUUCAAAUGGAGAUAUGAAUCAUGCCACUAACAAGAAUAUACCAAACGUCACUUUUUGGCCUCAACAACAACCUCAACAACAAAACGUAUUGCCUGCCAUCAUUCCAAACGAAGGCAAAUUUACAUGGGCCGUUCCUUCUUCUCAGCCUUUUGACCCGGCACUAGAUGAAUCAGCCAAAAGGCGUCGUAUGAACCCAACAGACUAAUCUUGCUGUGUAUUAUAAUAAACUCCCUCCUCCUUUUUCUAU